GAUUGGAAAACUAACAGGCACGUGCGAGCGCCACUUUCUUUUGUAAGGGUCCUAUGCCCCAUCCCCCGGGAAAAAAAUACAUUCCAAGAUGGCGGGGGAGGUCUACCUCUUUUGGUUCUUGUCGAUAUUGCAAGCGAUAUCGUCCUAUGGCGCCGAGCUGUCCUCCGAGGCCUGCAGAGAACUGGGCUUCUCCAGCAACCUCCUGCGCAGCUCCUGUGAUCUGCUGGGCCAGUUUGGCCUGACCCAGCUCGACCCGUUCUGCAGGCAGUGCUGCCAAGAGGAAGCCCAGGUCGAGGCCAGGAAGCAUUACCCUGGUGCUAUCCUGGAGGUGUGUGGAUGAAAACUCGGAAGGUUCCCCCAAGUCCAAGCUUUUGUCAGGAGCGACAAGCCAAAGAUGUUCAAGGGUCUUCAGAUCAAGUACGUCCGAGGCUCCGACCCCGUACUCAAGCUGCUGGACGAUAACGGGAACAUCGCCGAGGAGCUCAGCAUCCUCAAGUGGAACACAGACAGUGUAGAAGAGUUCCUGAGUGAAAAACUGGACCGCAUAUAAACGGUCCAAUCAGUUGGAUUUAGACUGUAACCCCCCUCCCCCCCUCCAUGUCCCUGGAGUCCCUUAUUGCAUUUUGUAAUGUCGUGAUGCUGUGUCCCCCCCCUCCUGGGAUUUGAGCACAUCACCGCCUGUAACCGUUUUACCGGUCAUGAAUCAACACACCUUUGAAUGAUUCUGUAAGAUGCUCGGAUCCGUCUCCCCUGUGCUGACUGGCCUUUAACUCGCAGGACAGUCUGAUCAGUUCAUAUGAUGCUGUGUGCCGAUGCUGCUUAUUUCCAUGUCUCUCUCUCUGUGGUGUUUCGGGUCAGGCUGUAUGGUUCUGUCCCGCUGGGCUGAGCACGCGUCAGUGACGGCCUCACAGUAAACCAGUUCUGGCAUGUGGGGCCUGAUGUAGCUGUGUGUUCGCAGGGCGCCCCCUUCAGUUGGAAGGUGGACAGAGUUUGUAAAGCAGCCAUAAUAAAAAUGAAUGAUUAACAGUAA